GCGGCAUGUAAGACACUAGCAAUCUGCGGGAACGAUUUGUGCCCCGUCGUUUAGGCGGUUUUACGGCAACGCUGCAACACUAGAAGUUCGUCUUCGAUCAGUCAUUUCGAAACGAGACGCGUGGCGUCAUCAAUCGCAGCUCUGGAUAGCCAUGGAGACGCCAAGCGAGCCGCACCCCAAAAAGCCGUGCACCGUGGACUUGCGCGGCGGCGAGGAAAGCGAUGACUCCUCCGUGGUCUUCACGGGCUCGGCGCCAGCGCCUCCUGCUCCUGCUCCGCCUGCUAAAUCGAUCAAGGUCAUGAAGGAGGCGAUCCGCGCCGCCGGCCUCGGCACGUCCGAUUUGCUGGAGCGAUCGCACGUCGAGGAGCGCUACGAGCAGGCGCUCGCGCGGCUAGAGGAGGCCGACAAGGCGCCGUCCGCCGCGCCGGCCACGUCGAGCAACGGCUACGCGUGGCAGCCCCUGCUGACGCGGGCCAUCGGAGGCGCGGACUCGCCGGGCAACCGCUGCGCGCUCUCGUUCGCCGACGUGAUGGCGGGCUCGCCGUUGUGGGCCGUCGUCAGCAACUUCCAGAUCAACGGCCACACGUUCAAAAAGUAUUGCUCGCCCUUGCUCAGCGUCGAACGCCUCAUCGUCUUCCACGGCUGCGCGCGGUCGGCGCGCGACUUGCGGUCAUGCGCCCCGAACGCCACGAUCUACGACAUGACGCCGAAGAAGCUCUCGUUCGGAUUCAAGAAUGAUUAUGGCUGCCACCACUCCAAGGCCUUCCUCAUCGGCUUCGACGAUAGUUUAAGGGUCGCGAUCCACACGGCCAAUAUUAUUUCCUGCGACAUCAACAACAAGACGCAGGGGAUUUGGAUGCAGAACUUCCCGAUCAAGAAGGCCGGCGCCCCUGCGACCAGCGACUUCGAGGAGCAGCUCGUCAAGUACUUUUUGUCGUUACAGAAGCACGCUGCGCGAAUGCCUCAGAGCUGGAUGGGCCUCGGCGCGGCCUUCGGCGGCGACGAGCAGCUGACCAUCGCUCAAGCCCUACGGAAAUUUGAUUUCUCGGGUGCCAAGGCCCGAUUGGUCGCCUCGACGCCGGGCUACCACUCGGGCGCCGACCUGCACUCGUUUGGCGCGAACCGCGUCGCGGCGCUCCUGGCGAAUGAGGGCGACGCCGCGGCCCAGAAGCCCACGGACAAGAUUUACUGUCAGUUUUCGUCGUUAUCGAGUCCCACGAAGCCACUUGCCGUCCUCAAGGCCGCCUUUCACGCCCCCAAACGGUUGUGUCCGUCGCCUCCGGAAGUGGACCUCAGCAUAGUGUGGCCGACCGCCGCGGAAGUGUGCGCGAGCGUCGAGGGCUACGGUGCCGGCGGCGCUCUGCCGAGCGCGCAGAAGAACGUCGACAAGGCGCCCCGCGAGAUGCUCUGCCGCUGGACGAAGGACGGGUCGUCCGACUUCGUGACGGCGAGGCGCCGCGCGAUGCCGCACAUCAAGACUUGGACGCGCGUGUCGGGAGACGGCUCGACGGUUCGAUGGAGCGUCCUCACGUCGGCGAACCUCUCGGGCGGCGCCUGGGGCAACGUGCGGGACGGCGGCCGGACGCUCUUCAUCAUGCACUGGGAGCUCGGCGUCCUCGUGACGCCCUCGAUCCUGGGCGCGCCACUCCGGACGACGCAAGGCUCGGAGGGCGCCAUCGUGCCCCUUCCCUUCCCGUGUCCGCCGAGGCCCUACGCGCAAGGAGACGUGCCGUUCUCGUGGGAGGCGCGCUACGAGACGCCCGACCGCUGGGGCAAGCACGGCACGAGGUAGACUGUAUAGUGUAACACAAGA